AUGGAAUAUAAACAGCAAAUUACUCUUAUCGGACAAACAUUUGUCUGUCUUCUAUUUUUCAUUGUAUAUUGUAAUGGUAUAUCAGCCAAUAUCGAACCAGAAAUAAUUUCAACACAAGAUGAAAUUAUUACUUAUAUUAAUCAUACAGCAAAACUUUCAUGUAUUAUACAGAAUAGAAAUCGACAACAUGUAACAUGGUCUCGAGUUAAUUUUAUAAAUGAAACUCGUAAAAUAACUGAUCUUUUAUAUGUUGAUUUACUUAAAUAUACACCAUUUACUCGUUAUCAUCUCACACAUUUAAUUGAGAAAGAUAAUCAGGAAUAUUGGAAUUUAGAAAUACGUCAAGUUCAUCUAGCUGAUCAAGGUUAUUAUAGUUGUGUUGUAACAGCAUUGAAACCAAUAUCAAAAAUAUUCUAUAUUAAAGUUAUAGAAAAUACACGUAAUCUUUCACUUGCUUUACGUUCAACACUAGAAAUGCAACAACAAGAUAAACAAGAAAUAAUUCCAUCAUCAUCAUCAUCCUCAUUAAUUCAGACAUCAUUAUCAAUGAUGUUAUUAAGAAUUAUUUUAAUAUUAAUUAUAUGA